UAUUCAGCCAAACCUCAUUACAUACCACCCACUAAUACACAAGUAAUAGUGAACAUGGACAUCACCACCCCUAACAACAUCAACAACAGAUAUCAUCAUUUUGAGCAAUCACAUUCACACACAAGUGUGGGGAUAAAAAAUGAUGAAGUUAAAAAUGGUCUGUACAUGACCAUAGUUGCAUUAAUAGCAACAGCAACCUAUCAGGCUGUGAUCACCCCACCAGGUGGAGUAUGGCAGGAUGAUAGUGCUCUGCAUCGGGCAGGAGAAUCUAUAAUGGGUUCCCACCAGCCAAGAGCAUUUGUUAUCUUUGUAAUUGGCAACAGCAUAUGCUUUUAUUCUAGCUUGUUGUCCAUGAUUUACAUAUUAUUGGAGUCCUCCAAGAAUUACGCAAUACUGGCUUCCCUAUAUGCCUUGUCAUUUACAUAUGGCUUUAACGUGGCUGCCAUACAACCUGACGCCGUGAGUGCUAGAUGGGGAAAAUUUAUCUCCUUCUUCUUCUUUGUAUUGACCAUUUUGGGACCCUUUCUUUAUAGUAAGUUGUGGAGUGCAAGCAGCAGGACACACCAGCAAUCUGACCAAUAAUAAACCAUUCAGUCAAGGCAGAACGUGGCGAAUGCGGUAAUGGACCACUAGCUAGUUGCUACUACUAUAUAAAUAAUGGAUUAAUGUUGAUCUUGAAGUAGUUCUCUUUGUUGUGUAUGUUCUGUCUACUGCUACGGUUAUUUAUCAACUUUGGUGGCACUUUCUGGUAUUAUUAUUAUUAUUAUUUGGUUUAGUUUUAUUCAUGGUAUAGUUAGUUUCAAGUUUCAUUCGUGUGAUUUCGUUAUGUACUCAAUUAUAAUUAUGGAAAAGUCUAGGGGCCAGCAGUUUUAUUGAAUUUUGGCCAGCAUAUAACCAGCAGAGGAAGGUGAGUCAUUGGAUGAAAUCUCACACCAAUCUCACACCAUCAAAUCAUCAUUGAUGAUUAGUUGAUGGCUAACAAUCACAAAAAUUGCUGGCUCCCUAGCAUUGCUCUUAUAUU